CACUGGGCAACCUGCCAACUCUUGGCCUGCCUAGGCAGACCUUCAGGCAGGGAUCCUGACGAACGUUCCGCAAACCAGCAAUUCAAUCCCCGUAAACAACAUCUUCGUCAAUUCCUCACCCUUCCCACCACGUUCGAAAACCAAGAUGGCGGAUGCAGCCAAACCCCCAGUGGCGGAUGCAGCUAAAACCGCAGAAGACCGCCUCGCUCGCUUCCGCGCACUCAAAGCACGCGCGAAAGAGUCGUCGGACCAGAAUCUGAAGGAGGCGACGAAGGAAUCCCAACGAUUAGCGACAGACCCGACACAACUCACGGCCCUCAACCGUAAGCACGCCAUCGCUUCGCACAAACUUCUCAAGGCCGACGUGGAGGAAUCCGGGGGGGACUUUGAGCGCAAGCGGGCAUGGGACUGGACGGUGGAGGAGAGCGAGCGAUGGGACAAGCGGGUACGCAAGAGGGACGCCCACCGCGACGACACGGCCUUUAGGGACUACGCACAAGAGAGCGAGAAGGCCUACAAGCGCCAGCUACGGAAUAUGGGCAACCCGGACCUGGAGCGUUACACGCGCGAGAAGAUGACCGCCAUCGAGAAAGCCGCCGCCGCGGGGACCCUGGACAUCGUCGAGACGGACGACGGCGAGAUGAUUGCCGUCGACAAGGAUGGGACCUUCUUCAGCACUGCUGACUCGACCGCCUUUGCGCAGCACAAGCCCGAGAAGGCGGCCGUGGAUCGCCUGGUGGCCGACUUGCGCAAAGCCGAGGAGGCGUCGCUCAAGAAGAGAAAAGAGCGGAUGGCCAAGAAUGGCGAGGACGGAGGCGACGUCACAUACAUCAACGAGAAGAACAAGCAGUUCAACCAGAAGCUGGCGCGCUUCUACGACAAGUAUACCUCCGAGAUCAGGGAGAGCUUCGAGCGCGGAACCAUGGUGUAGAGGGAGGUGCCACGGGGUAUUUGUUAUUCAGGGUCAUAGCCGCGGCGUUUGGGUUGGGUUUCGAAUGUUGU